GUCUCUCAUCACUGUACCGCCAACCCCAGAGACUGGAACACGGUGAAAUUCUCCUUUGCGUCUACUCGCAACACCACUCGAUUCGUAGCCAAAUUACAAAAUUAUUUAUUGAACAAUAAUUUGUUCAGUUAACAAUCUCGCUUUCGUCUCCGUAUCUCUUCGGAAGCUUCCACGUUCUUCGGACUGCAACGCUGUUUUAAAUUACCUCGAAAUAUCUUCCACCAAAUACGUAAAACAGUUUCUUCUCGGCUAACACAUUCCCACGAGGAGUUAAGCAACUGUUGGGGGGCUCCAAGUCCACAGGAAAACAGCAGAAAUGAAUUUCAACGCAUCUUUCGUGACAAUUUUGUCAAUAAUCGUGAUUGCUACGAUGACCGAACGAGCCAUGGGAAUGCCCCCGGCUCAAUGCAACCCGGGACUCUUGGACGAAGUACCCCCCCGAAUCCGCAAGGUGUGCAUGGCUCUCUCGACCAUCUACGAGCUCGGUUCAGCAAUGGAAAAUUACAUCGACGACAAAGUUCCAGUGAUCCAGCAGAACAUGCCGCUCCCUGACAGCGGCGUCAAGCGCCAGGACGUCGACCACGUAUUUCUGCGUUUCGGAAGACGGCGUUAAAGACCCACUCUCGUUGCAGCUUCACGUCCCUCUUCUCGUGGUCACCUUUACCGCAAGACAUUAAUCCGUCACCUUAUACUUAAUAAAUCAAUAAAUAAAACUAUUUAAAGCGCCGAAAGAUGCAAAAAUCCAUCCUUUCUCUUUCCCUCUCGCGUAUUUAUACAUUUCGGCCGAACUAUUCGAAAUAUGAGAAAAUUAAAAUAGAGCUUAGAAUACACCUUCGUUACUCUCAACAUCAAACCCUGUUUUCGAAACAUUCUCUCCCCUCUGUCACUGAUUUUUCGAAUAAAAAAGAGCCCUUUUUCUCAUAGUUCGUCUGACUAUUGUGCUUUAGCGAGGAGCUCGAAUUAUUUGCAUACGGAAACGUUCGCCUCGAGCGACGAGGAGAGAGUCGAUUUUAAAAUCUAUAUUCUCGUUAUUUUUCGCUCCAGUUUUCUUUCCAUUAUUACGAUCCUUAUCGAGCACCCAUUCAAGGAAAGUUGCAUCGGAUUUAUCCUCGCUAAGCACAGCUUUGUACGUGUCAAGCACAAAUGUAACUCGAUAAGAAUCGUGACGUGUUGAUCGUAAGAAAAUGAAGCUGACGCUUUCGUCCGCCUCGGUCAUAAGUGUCUUGUAUUUGUGAGGCGAGAAAAUAAUUUAGCGUUUAUUCUUCUCGUUUGAGCUGACGAGAAACGGAAGCUCGAAAAUUCUCAGUCGAAUUAAAGGAUCUCGACUACUCUCGUCUAAUUGUGCUGCACCCUUAAACUUUUAAGUCUUUAAUCGCAAAAUACUGUGAAACGUAGAGUUGUGAGUGUGCGAAUCGAGCUUGGCUGUACUGAAAUAAAAAAUGGGAGAAGUUGUAAAGAAAAUUGAGGAUUUGACGAGCUCGAGAAUCGACACGCAGCGUCCCUGCAUCGAGAAAUGCUCAAUGUUUACAGUUCCCUCGCCCCACCACCUUAAUCAAUUUUAUCCUCAUGUCCCUCUCUCCGAUACGAAAUGACACGAAAAUGGUAAUAACGACUAAAAACUACACGCGCCAAUGAAGGAAUCGAGUUUAUUAAAAUAAACAAUCUUACGCUGAAUCGUGAACGAAAAAUCUAUUUGUUUGAUGGACUCCGGUGACGAGCGCGCCACUGGGCUCAUGAAUAAUCUUCCUGUACAUGUGCGACUGCACGAUCGUAUCAAAUGAUUAUAUAUUUAUUGUAUAAUAUAUGUAUAUAAAAAUAA